AUGGCCAGUAUAAAGAAGCAGCCCGACCAAAAGCAGGAGUCAAACGAACCAAGGUUAGUGCGGAUUUGUGUGUUGAUUAUUUCUGAUACAAUGUUUAGAAAAGUUACCCUUACUCAAAGUGGCAAAUAUUUUGUCACAGUUCCUGCUUUAGACGGGUAGUAACAUUUAAAAUAGAAAAACAUCAAAACACAAGAACAAUAUUAGGAAAUAUGCUUUCUCAAUUCGAGUUAUCCCGCUCUAAUACUCUAAAACCCUUAAAACUAAGCAUAUUCUGCGGACGUUUGAAACUUUCGUGAGCCCUAAGGGCAAAUAUACUUCGUCAAUUCAGAAACUUUGUCAGAAACUCUAAGCACGUCUGACCAUUCUAAAGGAAAUUCAAUAGCGAACAGGGAAAAACAAAGCGACUCCUGCUAUGUGCGUUCUCUAAUUCGUCAGAGCUCUUUGGCGAGAAAGGAUAAGAAAGGAGGAAAGCGUCCGAAUUAAUCUGCAUUGUGAGGUAUUAGUGGAAUUCCGAGUAGUUCGGGGUACGAAACCACAACGGUGAGGUUAGGAUAUGUUUGGCUGAGACCGAAGCUUCGUUUUCCCAAUAAUGGGAAAGGAGAAGUAUUGACCCGUCAGCCUCUCUGAAAGCCUGUAUUUGUACGAUCUAUUGACCAUGCUUUUAAAAUGCUUUCAAAUUUGUACUUGUCAGAUUGAAGGAUACUGAAAUAUGAUAGAUGCAUUUUUUUUCCUUUUGAGGAGAAAAUUUAUAAUUAUUUUUGACAUAAAAUCGGAAAACGUUGAGGUGAAGAAAUUUUAUUUCCGUUUAGUCAUUCGGUUUUGAAUUGCCUUUACCUCUCGGAGAAGCGCUUACCUUUAAGUGUUUCAGGUGUUAGAAAACGAGUACGCAGAAAAACCUCCUUAGUUCAUGCAAUUUGUCAUGAUAGUCACUUCGUUUUGGUUCUGAUAUAAUACAGCCGUCUUCAUCUUCCAGAAAUAUCGGCGUCGUUUUCGAUAGUACUAUGUCAAUGCUCCCUCAUGUCAAAUCUGUCUGUAAAUCUGCCUUCUAUCAUCUUCGGAACAUUUCCCGUAUAAGGAAAUUACUAUCCAUUAAGACCACUGAGACUCUAGUCCACGCCUUUGUAACCUCCAAGUUGGAUCACUGUAACUCUCUUUUAUACGGUGUCCCCAAAUACGCUAUCCAAAAGCUCCAAUCAGUGCAGAAUGCAGCGGCUCGACUUAUUACCAGCUCUCGUAAAUUCGACCGCAUCACCCCUGUUUUGUUCGACCUACACUGGCUUCCAAUUUCUGAGCGAAUUAAAUUCAAAAUAAUUCUGCUCACCCAUAAAAACUCUUCACCAGCAGUCUCUUGUCUACAUUCAAGACCUAAUACGCCGUUAUUCAACUUCAAGAACGCUCCGUUCGUCUUCAACAUUGCGUCUGACUCCUGUCAACUUUAAUCUCAAGUCCUAUGGCUAUAGAGCUUUUGCUGUUUCGGCUCCUGAACUGUGGAAUAAACUACCUGAUGACAUUCGUUCUUGUGACAAUUUAAAUAUUUUUAAACGUAAACUUAAGACUCAUCUUUUUAAAAAUUACUUUAAUGUAUGAUCUCUUUUCUUAUCCAUGUCAAACGCCUAUAAAUUAGACAUCAGUUAACUUAAGACUUACUUUUAAUAUUAUUUUAACGUGUGAUAUUUUAAUAUUUUUGUAAAGCGCUUAGAACAGGACUGGAUAAGCGCUAUAUAAGUAGUUUUAUUAUUAUUAUUUAUUAUAGUAAUAAGACAAAUAUUUAAAGCGUUAUUUAAGGCGUCAUUUUUCACUAGUAAGCAGAGCGCCCGAUUGAAAGCAAACAAGACUGGGUCUUCAGAAUGAAAUAAAAAAUUAUAAAUUUGUCAUGAAGAUGGUAAUGAACGCGAUGAUAAGAAUGAUGACGAUAAUAACACCACCUCCAUCAUUAUAAUGAUUAGUAUCAUCAUCAUCAUUCUUAUUACUACUCACGUUCUUAUGGGUGUUUCUAUUUUAAUACCAUUCUUAUUCGUUUUAUUUAUGUUAUUUGAAUCAUUUCUUUGUCUAAUUGAUACGAUCACUUUUACAGUUGUUGCUGUCCACGCCGACUCAAUCCAUGUUUAUUGUGGUCAUCAAUAUGCAGCUGGUAUUUGCGUUUUCUAAGACAUUUCUUUGGCUGGUUUGGGGAAAAGAUUGCUAGGCAUCCGCUGAUAACAAUUCAGAUAUGUCUUCUGUUUGUCAGUGUUUGUUCUGUGGGGUUUGUUUGGUUCCGGUCAGAAACAAGAACUGACAAACUUUUCGUACCUCAAAGCAGCAAGGCUGUAAAGGACUUGGAGACUGCCGAAAAAUACUUCCGAAUCAAGUUUCGAGAAGAAAUCGUCCUUUUGGUGGCAGCGCCUGGUCAUCCCAAUGUUCUCUCUCCUGAGUGUCUGAGACAGGCUUUCCGUGCCCACAAGGCAGUUAUGACCUUAGAAUCUUAUACCGACUUCUGUGUUACACUGUUGGGGAACAAAUCCAGAUCACCAGAAGACUGUGUGAUGAUCAACCCGCUGGAAUUUCUGCAGUUUAAUGAGAGUUACCUGAUCAACAAAGACAUUAGCCAAAUUCAACAUGAACUAAGCAAAGCCUUAAAGAACACAAGCUUCAUCAUGCGAAACGGACGCCCCUUCUGGCUGAACUUGAACCGAAUAUUUGGCAAAAUCACCCGAAAGCAAGAGAACAUAACUGGUGCGAAAGCAUUGCAAAUAGUUUAUCACAUUCGCGAUCCGUCCGAUGAAGACGCCCGCGAAAGGGUCCUCAACUGGGAGAAGAAGUUUAUCGAUAAGAUGGCUUCUGUGGUGGACAAACUUCCCUGCUUUGAAGUCCACUACUCGAGUGAGAGGAGCCUGGAUGACGCUGUCGCUGAGAGCAGUGGGUCUGACGUCAAACUGGUGUCAAUCACUUACACUCUCAUGAUCUCCUUUGCUUGCAUCAUGCUGGGAAAGUUUAAAAAUCCGCUGACCGGCCAUUCCCUGCUCGCUAACGCAGGAGUGUUCGCAGUGGCUCUGGGGAUUCUAGCUGGACUCGGCCUCGGUAUGUGGUUUCGAGUGCCAUUUGUCAGUAUCGUGGGAGUGCUUCCGUUCCUUGUCCUUGGAAUCGGCCUCGAUGGCAUAUUCAUCUUAGUGGAUGAACUUGACCGACAGCCGUGUGACCUUUCGACAACGGAAAAGAUCAAAGCAGUCAUGAGGCAUACAGGUGCGACUGUUACUAUGACAACUAUGACGGAUUUAGUGGCAUUUGCAGUCAGCACAUCCACCUCAUUCCCAGCCAUUAGGUAAGGAAGUUGAAUUGAUUGCCGACUAAGUCUACUCUUUCAGGUAGCAAUUAUGAAGAAAUUUUACUGAUUCCUUGUGGUUCUGUUUGAAUAACUAAUCUAAGGAAAAUAUUUAUAAUGCAACGCGGUAAAAUAAUUUUAUGAGGGUGUUCACAAAUCUCGGUACACUUUGAAUAAAAGACAUCGCGUCACGAAGGAUAAAAAGGAUUGCCAUUUCAGGCCUUUUUACAAUUUCCGUGGCUUGGCCGAAGUGUCUUUCAGUCUUUUCAAUUUGACUGGUUACUUUAAAGAAGCCUUGAAAUCUGAUUGGUUGUUGCGUUUUAUGAAGCUUUCUCACUGCCUCAGAAAAAGUUGUGAUUAAGGGAAAACACUGGUGCGAUCACCAGUGACGCGAUAAAGAGUUAAGUGUUUCGAAUUCAAACUACGUGUGCAUCGAUGUUAAUUGUACUAUGCAAGCCAACAUGCUCUUUUUGCUAUUUACUACACAAGGCACGCAUGGGUUUCAAUUUUGCAAAACACUUACGUAGAUAGAGUAACAUAGUGAUCACUGAUCGAUGCUUAACUCAUCCUAUUGUAGGUAUUUCUGCAUCUACGCAGCCCUGACAGUAACGUCAUCAUUCCUAAUGGUUGUCACCUUCUUUGUGGCCGUCAUGACCUAUGACAUAAGAAGAAUUAAAUCCAGUCGCAGAGAUUGCCUCCCAUGCUGCCUGGCGCCGCGACCCAAAGAUGGAAAGCCAGCCUGGGACGAGCCCAUCACACAGACGUCAAAUCGAGUCAUGAAGACUUGGGGAAAAUUCUUGACGUUUCCAGCAACAAAAUGCUCGGUGAUAUUCAUCUCGCUGCUGCUGCUUGGAGCUGGAAUUUACGGAGUCACUCAAGUGGACGAGGCGUUUAACAGAAGAAUCCUAGCAAAGGAUGAUUCUUACUUGAAACAGUUUUUGACCGCUCAAGAAAAACAGUUUGACCUUUCUAUUCCAGUGAGCAUCGUGGAGACUGGCGCGUUAGAUUAUGAGAAAUAUACAACCCAGCAACAGAUCAGAGCAUUGACAAACAUCGUGACGGAAAACAAAUACUACAGAGACCGCUCGUUAUCCUGGAUGGACACGUUCUCUCGUUACGCUGAGCAAACUAAUAAGAGCAUCACUGGUCCUUACUUUUUGCCUGCCUUGAGAGAAUUCCUUCGUAUUCCAGCCUUUUCCCAUUUCAGUCAAGAUUUGAAGUUUACCACGGAUGGCAACAGACUGGAAGCCUCUCGCAUCUUUGGAUUUAUGAAGAGUACCAGCACCUCCACCAUCCAGAAAAACGCCAUGCUCACACUUCGUGAAGAUAUCGCAGAAAAGUCGGAACUUGAUGCCUUUCCAAUCAAUCGACUCUUCAUAUACUUCGAGCAGUACGCCAUUACUUCCAGGGAAACCGUAAGAAAUCUCAUUAUCGCAGCCAUAGCGGUACUGCUUGUUACAAGCCCCUUUUUAGUGGACUGCACAGUUACGUUCAUUGUAGUGCUGAACUUUGCGGCCCUGAUAUGCGAGUUAUUCGGACUGAUGGUCAUCUGGAAUGUUUCCCUCAAUUCUGUUUCUAUGGUUAACCUCGUUAUGGCCAUUGGAUUUGCAGUCGAUUACAGUGCACAUAUCGCGCAUGCGUACAUAGCGUCAAACGAAGCAACAGUCAAUGGACGAGUGGUAGAUGCCUUGAGUACAUUAGGAGCAAGUGUAUUCAUGGGAGGUUAGUCACGUGUACAUUUAAGUUUAUUUUUCGUCUUUAAUUCGCACACUUUAAACUCACUUCUGCAGUCGAACGCAAUGAAGGAAAACUACAGAUUCUACUUCAUUUGGACGUAAACUUGUCGUGACUGUUAUUUUCUUUCUGUGUGGUUCAACACAAGGAUUUAUUCAAUUACACUCUGAAUUUUCUUUAGAAUCGAGUUACUUCCACAUUGUAAAAACAAGGUGACCAUUUUGCCAGCGCUCUAGCAUUGUUUAAUUUGGUUUCCUUCUUUUAUUUAUUUGUUUCUUAGGGUUCAGUACUUUCCUUGGCAUGGUCGUUCUUGCAUUUGCCGCAUCACAGAUCUUCCGUAUAUUCUUUAAAAUGUUCUUCGGCAUCGUCGUGCUCGGUCUCCUCCACGGCUUGUGUAUUCUACCUGUUCAUCUGUCCUUGCUUUGCUGGAGACCAGCUGUUGGGAUCAGACCCCCCUCACAUGAGGACACUUCCAAGAAACAAGGCAAUGAAUACAGCCGAGUUGAUACACUCUACGCCCCUGAAUCUUUGAAGGAUGAAUGUGACAGGGAAACAAACGUCUAAAAGAGGUGCCUUGCAGGUUUUAUGCUGUUUGAGCAGAGGUGCCUUGCAUUUUACUAGCAGUCCAGUAAAAUUGCUGUUUUAGCUAACUAAGCCAACUAAAUGACUUUUAACCUCGAAAAGACAAGAUUUUAAUCGAUACAACAACGUGAAUUAUCGCCAAUAAGCUACUCACACGUCACUCGUGACAACGCUUCGUUAGCGCUAAGCAACUGCAAAGCUUGUCUGAUUGUCAUAAAACCUUAUCCAACGUAAACGCCUAUCAAAAAUUAAUAUUUGUCAAAUGGAACCAACAAGCAACCAACGUGGGAAGAAGCGUGUGGAAAUUAAGCGAUUGAUUGCAGGUUUUUGUUGGAAAUAGGAUUUAUGGACUGACCAAUUUAGUUGUGCACCAAUCCCUUGAAAAUCGUUAGUCCACAAGUCCCAGUACUAAACGUGUAAUACUAAUGCUGGACUAUUGUAAAAUACAUUUUCACGGAACACAUCCUGAGAAAUGCGAAGGUGAUGAUUUAUGGAAAAAGAGAAGGUUUCAAAAUUUGAAAGGUAUUCAAAAGUUUAGGGAAGGAAUUUUAAAUCAUAUUAUUCUUGAUGAAUACUCAAAAUAUCUUUUAUUUGUUUGAAGAAAUUAGCCCAUUUAAAAAGUGGAGCAAAUUUCGACUGAAUAUUUCAACUUUUUUUUGAAAAUUUUGAGUAGUACACAAAUAGUUGGGAUCAGUCCUGUCAUAAAUUUAGUGUUUUCUUCCACAUUGUUAAGAAAUUAAUGUAGGGCAUCUGUUCAUUAAUCAAAGAGAGUUUUCUUAAGUAUUGGUGUGUAAUUUGUAUUGUGG